CGCUCCUCCUCAGCACCAUUCUUAUUUUCUUUCCUCCCCAGUCCAGCGCUCCUCUGGGGUUUCAAGCUCUAAGAACUUCAACCGACGUCCUAAUUGACGUUGCCCUGCCCUUGCCGACUCCGCCUGCUCCCGCAGUCCCCUGAUUGUGGUGGGCCGCCUCCGAUUACUGUCGCUUCGCGGAUACUUCGACCGCAACUAUAAAUCGCAUCCUCUCCUUCAGUUCACACGAUUGCCUUCUCGUCACUCCUUUUAUCUUUAUACGAUCCUAACCUACGCUUGCUUCGUUUCACCAGCGGUUAUACACGAAGUUAACUGUCAAACCUAGGGUCCGAUGUGCUUUAACCCGCCAUUCGCCACACCAUUCUGAUCGCGUUCUCUCGACUUUUGCCUGUGCCUUCUCAAAAUGGCUACAAACACAACUUUGCUCUAUGAUCUCCCUCCUCUCCCGGCGUAUCAAUUGACACCGCGCCCUUCGCUUGUUGAUGGAAUCCCAGACAAUAUCCUCGCGUUAAUCCUGCCGGUUGUUGCCUACUGGGCCGUGUCUAUGUUUUUCCAUGUCAUCGAUGUCUAUGAUUUAUUCCCGCAGUACCGUUUACAUACUCCGGCCGAAGUUCUUACGAGAAACCGCGCAUCUCGAUGGGACGUUGUACGAGAUGUCGUCCUGCAGCAGGUAGUUCAAACGCUCGCAGGCCUUAUCUUGGCCUACUUUGACGAGCAGGAAUACAUUGGACGGGAAGAAUAUGACGUUGCGGUUUGGGCGCGCCGGAUCCGUUUUGUACAAAGAGGUCUCCCCUACCUGUUGGCUUUGUUCGGUUUGGAUGCCUCUGGUGUGGCUGCGAACUUUUCUCGGAACGGACACAAGAUGCUAGCGGGAGCUGUUGCCGGUGGAUAUUACCCUGGUGCUACCCAGUCCAUUGUCUCCAGUGGUGGCAUUGAGACAGUUGUGCCUGCUUUUACCAACUGGGAAAUGUCUCUGGCAGCUUUCAUCUACUGGUAUUUCAUCCCGGCGCUGCAGUUCACCUGGGGUAUCUGUGUCGUGGAUACAUGGCAGUAUUUCCUUCACCGUGCAAUGCAUCUGAACCGUUGGCUUUAUGUUCACUUCCACUCGCGUCACCACCGCCUCUACGUUCCAUACGCCUAUGGCGCCCUCUACAAUCACCCAGUGGAGGGGCUCCUCUUAGACACCGUUGGAGCUGGGAUUGGCUUCCUGACAUCGGGAAUGACACAUCGCCAGAGCAUGUGGUUCUUCACCUUCUCCACUAUCAAGACUGUCGAUGAUCACUGCGGCUACGCUUUCCCUUGGGAUCCCCUUCAGCAUGCAACCACCAACAACGCUGCUUACCAUGAUAUCCAUCACCAAAGCUGGGGCAUCAAGACAAACUUUUCUCAGCCGUUCUUCACUUUUUGGGACCGCCUCUUCAACACCCAAUGGAAAGGCGAGGUGAAGCUCCGUUAUGAGCGGUCUCGAGAGGCCGCUGAAAAAAAGCUUAGCGAGGGAGGAAUGCAACAAGACUCGGAUAUGGAGAAUAGUUCAUCUGAUUUCGCGCAACCUAACGGGGAAGCUGCCGUUGUGUCCCCCGAGGAACCUUCGGACAGAGACGCAAGGACUCGCUUGCGCAAGAAGACCGCCAGCUUCUCUCCGUCUGUUGACUCGCUGAAGGGGGUUAACCAUGGUGUGCCCAGCAGUGUCUUAUAG